CUCUCUACAUAUAUAUAUGUAUUUCUGAAUGUGGCAUUCAAGAGUUGAGAGUUUAUUGUUUGUGACUGGGAUCCCGAGACUACAUUGCAAGAGAAACAAAAUCGAGCACAGCAAGACAUAAAUAAUUCUCUUAUUAAGCUCCCUAUAUAGUUGGACAUCAACAUGGUUGAGGGUGGAAUCACACACACAGAUAAGACAGAGUUUACAGAAUGCUGGAGGACAACUUGGAGAACACCUUACAUCAUGAGGUUGGCCUUAUCAGCUGGAAUCGGAGGCCUCCUCUUCGGCUACGACACUGGUGUUAUUCUGGUGCCCUCCUCUACAUUAGGGAGGAUUUUGAAUCUGUUGAUAAGAAAACAUGGCUACAGGAAACCAUUGUGAGCAUGGCUGUCGCAGGUGCCAUUAUCGGUGCUGGAGUAGGUGGAUGGAUGAACGAUAGGUUUGGACGGAAAAUAUCAAUAUUGGUAGCUGAUUUUCUCUUCUUCGUGGGGGCAAUUAUCAUGGCUCUUUCUCCGGCACCGUGGAUGAUAAUUCUUGGUAGAGUUUUUGUGGGAUUAGGAGUUGGGAUGGCAUCCAUGACUGCUCCUCUUUACAUUUCAGAAUCUUCACCUCAUAGAAUCAGAGGUGCACUUGUAAGCACAAAUGGUCUUCUAAUCACGGGAGGCCAAUUCCUUUCAUAUCUUGUCAAUCUAGCAUUCACCCAUGUCAAGGGGAACUGGCGUUGGAUGCUUGGUGUUGCUGGUGUUCCUGCGCUGGUACAAUUUGUGCUGAUGUUGUCACUCCCCGAGUCCCCGAGAUGGCUUUUUCGUAAUGGGAAAGAGGACGAGGCGAGGUCUAUAAUAGAGAAAAUAUACACCUCUGAAGAAGUUGAGGACGAGCUACAAGCUCUGCGCAUCUCAAUUGAGCAAGACAAAGCCAAUGAAAGUUCUCUAGGGGAUGGGGGCAUGUUUGGCCAACUUAAGAAUGCUUGGAGGAAUGAUGUUGUCCGAAGAGGACUAUAUGCUGGGAUUACAGUUCAGGUGGCCCAACAAUUUGUUGGCAUAAACACCGGCAUGUACUAUAGCCCAACAAUAAUCCAAUUUGCAGGAUUUGCAUCAAACAAAACAGCAAUGGCACUCUCUCUCAUCACUUCUGGCCUAAAUGCAAUCGGCUCCAUAGUCAGCAUUUGCUUUGUGGAUCGUUACGGGAGGAGGAGACUUAUGAUCAUCUCCAUGAUGGGAAUAAUUUCCUGCCUUGUGGUGCUAUCUUUUGUAUUUUAUCGAGCUUCUGUCACUGCACCAGAUAUCAGUCGGACAGAGAGUGCAUUUUUCGGUGCCAAUUCAACUUGCCCGGCGUACACCAAAGCUAAUGAUGCCACUUCUUGGGGUUGCACGCGAUGUUUGGAGAAGGACACUGGUUGUGCUUUCUGCUCAGCUGGAACCAGCCUAUAUCAUGCCGGUGCAUGUCUGGCUUCAAACGAUGUGGUGAAAGGUGCUUGUCAAGCAGCGAAACGAACAUGGUACACAGAAGGGUGCCCGAGUAAGAUGGGAUUCUUAGCUGUUGUAUUCCUAGGAUUGUACAUUAUAAUCUACUCGCCUGGUAUGGGGACGGUGCCAUGGAUCGUGAACUCAGAGAUAUAUCCACUCAAGUACAGAGGUUUUGGUGGUGGGGUGGCUGCAGUUGCCAAUUGGACUUCUAAUCUGAUUGUUAGCCAAACGUAUUUAACGCUGACUGAACAUUUGGGAUCUUCUGGAACCUUUCUAUUGUUCGCAGCAUUUUCAUUGACGGGACUUGUCUUCAUUUUCUUCUUUGUACCAGAGACCAAAGGUCUGCAGUUUGAGGAGGUGGAGAAGAUGUUGCAGAAAGGAUACUCUCCGUUUAAGAAGAGGCCGGGAAAGGGUAAAAAUUUGAAAGAGGGUCACGAAGUUUAAUUGCAACAAAAGGGUCUGUAGUUUCUCCUUCUCAUGAUGAGUGUGGCCUGGCCUGUAAAUAAGCAAAACAUUUUUUGGUUGGAACUAUAUCCCUGCAAUGCACCACACUCCUCUUGGUGUUGGUGU